AUAAGUAGCGUAAUGAAAUAUAUAUAGAUUUAGCAUAUAUAUACUUAAAUAUAAAUUAUAACAUACAGGCAGUAGAACGUGUGGUGACUGAGCUGAACUAAAUGACACAUUGGGUUUAAUAUUAAUAUCUGAUUUAUUACAUAUAGCUCUCAUUUAGAAAGUAAUUUAUUGUUAUUAUCAGGCCUUCUCACUAAAUGUUUUAUUGUAUCAUUCUGUCAUAUUGCUGUAUUAUGAUUUGCCUUGAAAGAGUAAUAUGCCCCCAGACGGAGUCGAACCCAGGUUCGCCAGCUUAGAAGGCGGGUACUAUAACCACUGGGCCAUCCAAUACAGAUGGAUGCUGACGAUCACAUCUCCAAAAAUGAAUGGCUUCUUGAGUUUAUCCAAAUUUUGAAAGUGAAGACCUCUUUUAGUUUGUUUUUCUAAUUCCUGGAGGUUGGACCCCACCCUUUCCAAAACCCCACAUCCGCCUGUGAAUAUAAUGCUUCCUACUAACCAGUUAUCAUUUAGGUCUAAAGUAAAGACAUAGUUGGAUAUAUUUUAAUAUUAAAAUAAGGAAUCAGAAUAAAAUGCACUUUUAUACCAUGGUAGACCCGAAACAUGGCCUGUAGGGAGGUUUUAGCCAUUGCUUCCCUUUAUCCUCUACCAGGGCGACAGAUUGAUUUUCCACAGAUAUUCACAGAUAUGUCUGUAGAUAAAUAGACAGUCAUUUUGGUCUGAUGCCGAUUCAGCAAAAAUUGUCCACAAUGAUAGCUGCGGCCCUGGUAGAGGGUAGCUCCCUUUAAUUACAGGAUUUUAACAAAAGUCACUCAGUAAUUAAUACACAUAUUCAGAAAAGUAACCAGUUAUGGCAAGGAAGUCCACUAAAUGUCCGAGCAGGUUGGACCACGUGUUUAGCAGUUCCACACGAUUAGCAGCUCCACGCGCUUAGCAGCUCCACGCGCAUAGCAGAGGAGAUGCUCAGCCUAUGUGUUUAGCCUUGCGAUAAUCUCACCGCGAUUGGGUAGCUGUUAUAUUUGGUUUGAUAAAUAGAAUAGAAAGGCAAUAAUACUUGCGGGUUUGUGUUAUAUAUAUAUAUGCUCCCCUGGUUUUGCGGCCACGUUGUGGUAAGCAAAAAGAAGAUAUGAAUGAAACAUUCAUGAUUAGGCAAGCUGUGUCUCUCUCAUAUUAGAAUACGUUUUUGGUAUACGUGGCCGUCAAACCAGGGUACUUUACUCGACGAAGAACAACAGCUCACUUUGAGCUGCUUGAGCGUUACCAGUGUACAGUGCCGGUAGAUGAAACAUAUUCCCUUCUGAGUACUAUAGCCAUAUUCUUCAUUUGAGACACCCAGAAGGCGCGGAGUAGCACGAACAGAGGUAGUGCUGUUUUGUAUUAACGAAGAUAUAACACAGGAAGGCGAUGUUCAGAAAAACAGGUCUACUGGUGGCAUUGGUUGGACUUCUGGGAUUUUCACUAGUCUUUCAGCAUAAGAAAAUAUGGAAGAUGGUCCAGUAUCCUGCAAAGCCAGUGGGCAGUAGGUAUAUCUAUUCCGAGUUGUUUCCUAUGCUAGAAAAGAUGGAUUAUUCUCCAAAAGCCAUGCCAGCUACAGUUUCAAAUACCACAACUAAGGAAGCGGCUACCUACGACGCUAUGGAAAGGGACUUCACCAGGUAUCUUCUUAGAGCUCAGUUCGACUGUCGCCACAGGGUUAGGGCUGGCAGGAAAGAAUAUCAAGAUGGCGGCUGGGAGGUUUGUUUGGAUCCCCCCUUCAAUAUGGUUCGUGGGGAAUGUUUAGUCUAUUCAUUUGGGAUCAAUAAUGAAUGGUCGUUUGAUGACUACAUGGACACAAAGUUUGGAUGCCAGGUCCACUCAUUCGAUCCAAGCAUGGUUGAGAAGACAGACUUUUCUCGGUCGAAAAACAUCCGAUUUCAUCCUAUAGGCAUUGCAGGCACAAACGGCUUCGUGGAACGUAAAUUAAAGAGAGGGAAAAGAGAAAAUUGGCGUAUGGCAACCCUCGGCACCAUAUUGCAGUUGUACGGACACGAAAACAAAAUAUUGGAUUAUUUGAAAAUGGAUGUUGAAGCAUCAGAAUGGGACAGUUCAUUUUCUUGUCUUUCAUAA